CAAUUUUGUGCUACUUAAAGAAUUCUUUUAGCUGGCAACUACUAACCGUUUGUUCUUUCCAAUUUUGCACGGAUUUUGUUCUCGGUCAGAACGUUUUUUAACCAGCGCGGAAGUAAAUCGACAAAUUCGUUUUAUUUAAUGAUUUAAUUUGAUUUUUUUUAGUGCUACAAUCUUAUAUACAAAGCAAAAUUAAUAAAUUGUGUGCAAAAAUAUUUGAAAGGUUAAUUGCUAUAAGUGAUUCAUAACUGAUAAAAAAUUUGCAAAGCAGAUGUUCACUGUGUGCUGCUGCUUCCAUCCGACUCAUCUGUGCACCAAGAAUAGUGAAAAAUGCUUAUGAGAAACAACAUGUGUGGGUUGAACACAUUACAGAGCAGUGCAAAAUAUCCAUGCAUACAUAGUAUAAAUAGGGGGUGUUGUGUACAUUAGAUACCUUGGCAUCAAAAAAAAAAAAAUACACAAGAAUUGAGGAAAAGUGUAAAACAAAAAAAACAUGUAUACGAACAGAACAAUAACAAUCAACAUCUGCAGAGGCUUUCAGCUGGUGGUGCUUACGGCAGCCGGCAUAGUGAUUUGAAUUGAUAAUUUAAAAAUAAAAAUAUUUAUCGUCGCGAAACAAAGGUCUGUUAUUGCUUUUUAUGUCUGCACGAAGAUAUGUAUAUGUACGUACAUACGUAUAAAUUUGCAAAACUAUAAUUUGAUAAGAAUAACGCGAAUCGUUAAAGUAAAUAAGCUGAAUUGAAAUGAAAUUGAAAGCCACAAAAGAAAAAGAAACGACGAAAAUAAAUCAUUCUAAUUGGAAAUUCAAUUAAAGAUAGUGGUGCAGUGAAGCAUAAAUUUGAAUAAAUUUAAUAGUGCACGAAAACGUGCAUACAUUGUUGAAUACAUAUCAAAUUCCAUUGACUAUUAAGUUUUUUGUUUUGUGAGUUAAAAAAUCAAUAAACUACGCAUUCUUUAGUUUUUCUCCGCUAAUAUAUAAUUUGAGUGUAUCAAUCUGUGUUUAUUAAACUGCAAUAGUUGUAUACACAAAAAAAAACUAAUAAAUUUACGUCAUUUACAGGUGCGUGCGCAAUUCUUUGAAAUAGUUGCGUAAUUAUAUUAAAAUGGCAUGAAAUUGCAUACAUGUCACUAUAUGCGUGUGUGUGUGCAUUUCUCUUGUUGAUAGGCCAUUUGAAAAAUGUUUAUUAAAAAAAAGUUACGAAAACGCAUAUGUACAGUAUACACGUACAAAAAUAAUUCGCAAAAUAAAAUGAAUUAACAUUUUUCUAAAUAAAUAAAACACUACGGAUGGAGCCCGAAAGUGACGCGUGUACGUUAACCGCAUUUUACGUACAUAUGCAUAUGUACAUACAUAUAUUUUUCAACAAAGUUAUAUAAAAAUAAAAGUGAAAACAAAUAAACCACAAAGAAAAAGACCCUUGUCAUUCUAUUAUAACGCUAAACAAUACUUACACACGUAUACCAGCUCGCGUACAUGAGAACGCCGGCUAUAUGUUACCUAUGUACAUAUAAGCAUGCUGUUGCAGUACCAGCUAAGUUGGCAAAUAAAAUAAUAAACAAAUCUUUCAUAACACUCGAAUAUGCCAGCUGUUGACUCCUCCAAAGUAUUUGGUAAUUCGAGUACAUACGAAUAUAUUAAAACAACACCAUUAGUAACAAUGACCACAACAUCCGGUGGUAUGUCCAGUUUGGGCAAUACUGGCGGUAGUUCUGCCAAUAAACGUACUUCUUCAAAUGAAUCAUCUGGUCUUCCUGAUGCUGUUUCGCAUUUCUACUAUAAACAUGGUCUCUUCCUAUCCAGCUAUCCAACAUGUGCCACUAGCAUUGCUAUUAUGGCAAUAUUACUAUCAUGUUACCCGCUCAUCAAUGUGCCGCUGCCCGGUACAAUACCCACAAAAAUAAUGCUACCCUUCGACGGCCGUUACUCACUCUUCACAGAGCAACCACAACAAAACGUCUCAUUGGUGCGGAAUUUCUUUAGUCCACCGAUUAGUAAUAAUUUCAGUUAUGAUCCACCAUUUCCAUGGGCGAAAAGCACGCCCAUAUUCUAUGUGCAGCAGAUUAUGUUGCGCACUAGUGUGCUACCCUGGACCGAGGAAUUGCAAUUAAUGGACGCAUAUCGUGCGCCGCUCUACGAAGUCUUUAAAUUGUUGGAAAUUAUACGAAAUCACGAAAGCGCCGAGAAUAAACGCACAUUGGAUCAAUCUUGUUGGCAUGUGGACAAUGUUAAGCGUAAGCGCGCUGAGAAAGUCUUAUUUCCCGAAUAUAAUUGUUUGGUAUUAUCGCCGGCGAAUUUUUGGUCGCAAGAUAUACAAAAUUUCACCAAAGACUCGAAUUUAUUAAAUACCAUCUUUCAGUAUCAUAAUCUUCAAAAAACCAAAGUCUCCAUUGCCGAAAUGCUCUUCGGUGUACCAAUGCAAGAUACCGGCUUAAAGCGUUAUCCACUCCGCUCACGUUCGCGUAUAAUACAAUAUGCCAUCACAUUGAUAAUAAAACAAAAUGACCAAGAGUACUUGAGCACGCUAAAAGAAAAACUCUUCCAAUACUAUUCACCACUACAGUUGAAAGCCAAAACCACUGAGCAGUCGUCGGACACACCAUCGUCAACAACGUCCACGUCACAGGGCAAUCAACGAGGUGAAAAAUCCGCCAUUACAUACAUUUUCUAUCCGGACGAGUUUAAAUUGUGGGAGUUCAUGCCGCUUGCCAUUGCAUUUAUUGUGCUCUUCUUUUAUAUGUACUUCUCGGUGCGUAAAAUCGAAAUUAUACGCUCGCGUUUCUUACUUGCAUUCUGUUCUGUUAUAACAGUACUCGGCAGCCUGACCAUGUCGCUGGGUGUUUGCUCAUUUUUCGGUCUAACCAUUAGUCUACAAUCGAAGGAUGUCUACCCCUAUUUGGUUAUCUUAGUUGGUUUGGAGAAUUGUCUCGUCAUAACGAAGAGCGUCGUCUAUACGCAGGAAACCUUCGAUGUGAAGAUACGUGUGGCCAAAGCGCUCAGUAAAGAGGGUUGGCAUAUUACCAAAACCCUGCUGACAGAGAUUACCAUACUCACCAUUGGUUGCAUCACAAUGGUGCCGGUCAUACAGGAAUUCAGCAUUUUCGCCAUUGUCGGUUUACUUUCAGAUUUCAUGCUGCAAAUGUUGCUCUUCUCCACCAUACUCGCCAUGAAUGUCAAAUUGCCGGAGUACACGACCGAAGCCAAGCAUUUGCCGAAAAUGAUGUUUAGAUGCACCAUGACCAAUAGUACAGCCACACCGCCGCCUGGUGGUUUCGGUAUGCUACCGAACGGACGCAACGAUUAUCGUUUCUUUGACAAGAGCACACCAUAUGCAUCGCUGGCUGGUGACGUGUCAGCGGCGGCGCCUUACUCUGCCUUAGGCAGCAGCGGUUUCGGCAUGUUUCAUCGUUCACAAUCGCAUCCCAAGCUGAGUUUUGCCGAUUUAAAUGCGCAUCCGGCCGAUUUGACCGUGAAAACCGGCAUACAAGCCAAUAAAGACGGACGCAUACCGAAGCGUCUGCGCAUCGUUAACUUCUGGGCACGCACACGUUUCUUUCAACGCGCUUUCAUGAUAUGGAUGAGUGUUUGGAUUUGCACGAUCGUUUACAAUUCCGGCUGUUUGGAGAAUCUCUUUGCCAUGGACAGCAAUCGCACGGCAUUUGGUAAUGACGAGGCGCAACGGUUUGUGAAGACCAAUGAACAAAGUGCAGUCUCGAGUUUCUUCACCAACAUGCAACAUGCCAUACACGGCACAGCAGCAGCAACUGUGCAGCAGAGUGAGGCAACAAGUGGUAAUAGCGUUGGCACAAAGGGACAACGUAUUGGUCGCAAUGGCAAAGGUGAGAAGUCAACGCAAAGCAAACUUAAAGGCAAGAGCGGCGAGAAUGAUACAGACGUCGAAUUGCGUCGUCUGCGCUAUCCGGACUUCGAAAUGAAUUACUUUCUCUCCAAUUUUCAUUGGUCUGCCAUCAUGAAGCAAUAUAAUAUUUCCUUAAGUGGCCGCUACAUUACACUCCUACCCACCAUUAAGCUAUCACAUCCGAUUAGCGCCGAAGCGGCGGUGCUCAUACGCAAUCCCAAAGAGAAGGUUAUGCAAAACUUUCAAUGGAAAGCGCUGGCCGCUGCACUCGAUCCCAUUGAUUUCAAUGACGAUGAACGUCGCGAGUCGCCAAUGGUAUUCCCAGGCGGCACACCACUCUAUCCCAAGAGUCCAAUGGAAUUUUUCUUUGUCAUUUCCAUGUGUUUAAUCAGCAUUUUCGUACUCAGCUACACUAUGGUGGUCUUCUAUCGGUGCAUUUGUACGCGUAACUACGCCGAAUGGCGUUCCAGUUGGUAUGAAUCCUCGGAGAUACAACAAAAAACCGAGCAUAUACUCGAGGGUGUGCCCACAAAAAUCGCUGGACACAAGCACACCAUCGAAUGUCUCAUCUCGGACGGUUCACAUAUUAUCAGCUGCUGCUUGCGUGGUCAGAUAAAGGUGUGGGAUGCGCGCAGCGGUGAGAAUGUGUCCACCAUUCAGCGUGAGCAUAUGCAAAUAGCGACGAAACGUGAGGGUAGCGCAGAGGUAGUACUGGAGCGUUUGCCGCAUUCGCCGAUUUGGUGCAUGAACGCAUUCGAUAAUCUUGUGGCUGUUGGCUGUGCCAAUGGCCGCAUCGAGCUGUGGGAGACGCCUGAAGGCGCUUUGAAGUGCAUUUCACCGGGCGAACUAAAGUCUAAUCAGGGCAUAACUCAUAUAUAUUUAAAUGGUGAUCGCGUCAUUGUGGCACGUUUAUGUGGUCGCUUAGAGUUCUUUCGCUUAGAAACCUACUGUAAGGGUCAGCAAAUCGAUUGGAAUUUCACCUCAGCAUAUAGAAGAACUCACACACGCACCAGCUCGGCAGGUAGCAUUGGCCUAAUGCAUCACCACGCGCAACAGCAACAGCAACGCAGCUAUUUAUCUGGUCAAUCGCCGCCACCCUCUACUAAAGAAGAGAUGAAAAUUACACUGGAGGCAGUGCGUUUUGCACAUCAACAGCCCAUCACCUGCAUGGAGGUGUCCAAUGGCAUGGUAUUUACCGGCAGUCAGGAUCACACGCUAAAAGUGUACAGUCUGACGAAUGCCAACAUCGAAUAUGCCUUACACGGUCACUGCGGCCCGAUAACAUGCCUUUUUGUUGACCAUUGGCAACCGGGCACCGGUGGCUCAGGCUCCCAGGAUGGCAUGUUGUGCGUAUGGGAUUUAUUCACGGGCGCAUGCAUGUAUAAUAUCCAAGCACACGAUGGCGCUGUCACGGCGUUGGUGUGCGCACCCACAUAUGUUAUAUCUUUAGGCGUUGAUGAGCGUAUUUGUGUGUGGGAACGUUUUCAAGGUAACCUCCUGACUACCAUCAAUAUAUUGAACGCCUAUUCGAGUUUGCUGAUGUUAACACCUUCGUUGCUGGUCACUUGUAAGAGCGGUUCCCUGAUCGUUUGGGAUGUACGCACCGGUGAACCGGCACGUGAAGUUAAACUCGAUCGUGCGAAUUCGUUAUUGUCUCCCAAAACUUUAAUGCUUGCCGGCGAUGCUGUGGUAUGUGAUUAUGGCAAUGAGUUGCGUGUGGUACGUUUUCCUAUUGUCUCGGAUAAAUAUAGUUGAACUAAAUGGAAGAGACUGGCUGAUGAAUCAAAAAAUAAUUAAUAAUACAUUAAUACAUGCAUAUGUAAUAAUUAAUAGUGCGUCCACACAUAACUUUGAUGGCAGGUAAAAUAGUUAUUUAAUAUGCUAUACACAUACGUCCAUGACACACAUACACACACACACAUAUAUAUAUAUAUAUAUAUAUAUAUAUAUAUAUAUAUAUAUAUAUAUAUACACACACAGAGAGACAAGAAAUCACUGGAAGCCCGACGUCUUAUAGGCUGUGGGCAACGCCUUGUAACGCUCAUCUAAGAUGACAAAGGAAAUUAAUUAUAUACAUACAUAUAUACUGCGUAGUUAUGCAUUCAAAAGUAACAAAAAAAAAACAUUUUUAAUGAAUUUAAACGCUUCUCACUUAUUUUAAUUUCGUAUACGUAGUUAUGUAAAGUUAAGAGCGCAUAUUGUCCUAUACAAGUUAAAUACACUCACAUCGACAUAAGUUUUUUUUUUUUUAGUUUUUAAGCACGUCAUUGCUUUAAAAUAUUUUUUUAUAAAUCCAUUAAUGGUGAUACUCUAUACCUUUUUUUAUAAUUAAUUUAUCUAUGUGUAAGUUUUCAACUCCCAUUCUUUAGUCGCCUAAUCGAACUAAAGAGUUAAUUUCAUUUAAGUUUUGCUCCAAACUCUAAACUUUUAAGGUUUUCUAAAUAUUUUAUUCGCGCAGUAGUUUCAAGAGUAUCUUUGUCUUAGCAUUUUAUGAUUUGGAAUUCGUCUUUGUGCCUUUUGUUAACUGAACUGACUUUCACGCUUAAUUGUAAGUUUCAUUGAAUUAAAAAAAAAAAAUUAUUUAAAAUUGUUUUUAAAACUUCGAUUUAUUAUGAUAUACACAUACCAUAUUAGUUUUUGCCCACUGACCGGCGUUUUAGCUGUUUAUUUAACUUUUAACGAUAGGCUAAGUAAUGGAAAUUGUAAUAAGAAACAAUAAUAAAUACGUAUGUAAGAUAUAUUAUAUGUAUACAUACAUAUGAAUGUAUUUUUGCUAA